GUCCUUCUAAGCCGAGGAGGAGCCGGUGCCGGGAGGGCGUGAGAGUCCGUCUGUGUCUGUGCGAAUGUGUUUGGACGUGGGGGCAUUGUGUUGGCAGCUGCAGCAACAGAUGUGGAAAGUGAUCGGGGCUUCUCGUCCUGCCCCGCGACCCCAAGUCUGGAGAAGAGGCGUCAGAGCCGGGACUGCGCGCCGGGAGGCUGCGAGCAGCGUUCCGAGAUGGUGCCCUUGUGGGCCGCGUUGUGGGCCUGGGCGCUCUUAGGCGUGGCCCGAGCGUGCCCGGAGCCGUGCGCCUGCGUGGACAAGUACGCUCACCAGUUUGCCGACUGCGCCUACAAGGAGCUGCGUGAGGUGCCCGAAGGACUGCCCGCCAACGUGACCACGCUUAGUCUGUCGGCCAACAAGAUCGCCGUGCUCCGGCGCGGGGCCUUCGCCGACGUCACGCAAGUCACGUCGCUGUGGCUGGCGCACAAUGAGGUGCGCACCGUCGAGCCGGGCGCGCUGGCCGUGCUCAGCCAGCUCAAGAACCUGGAUCUGAGCCACAACCUCAUCUCCAGCUUCCCGUGGGGCGACCUGCGGAACCUGAGCGCUCUGCAGCUGCUCAAAAUGAACCACAACCACUUAGGCUCGCUGCCCCGGGACGCCCUCGUCUCCCUGCCGGACCUGCGCUCUCUGCGCAUCAACAACAACCGCCUGCGCACCCUGGCGCCGGGCACCUUCGACGCGCUUAGCGCGCUCUCGCACCUGCAGCUCUAUCACAACCCCUUCCACUGCGGCUGCAGUCUCCUGUGGCUGCAGGCCUGGGCCGCGAGCACCCGGGUCUCCUUACCCGAGCCCGACUCCAUCGCGUGCGCCUCGCCUCCCGCGCUGCAGGGGGUACCGGUGCACCGCCUACCCGCCCUGUCGUGCGUGCCGCCCAGCGUGCGGCUAAGUGCCGAGCCGCCGCUGGAGACUCCCGGCACUCCCCUGCGUGCUGGCCUGGCGUUCAUGCUACACUGCGUGGCCGAAGGACACCCCGCGCCACGCCUGCAGUGGGAACUGCAGAUCCCCGGCGGCACGGUGGUCUUAGAGCCGCCGUUCCAGGGCGGAGAGGAUGGAGGAGACGCGGCAGAGGACGCAGAGGGAGAAGUGGACGGCGACGGACCCACGCAGACCCAGACCCCAACCCCGGCGCCAGCACCCGCUUGGCCCGCGCCCCCAGCCACCCCGCGCUUCCAGGCUCUCACAAACGGCUCCUUGCUGGUGCCUGUCCUGAGUACCAAGGAGGCGGGUGUCUACACGUGCCGUGCGCGCAAUGAGCUGGGCUCCAACUCCACGGCGGUUCGGGUGACGGUUGCUGCGGCCGGGCCCCCCAAGCACGCCCCUGGUGCAGGGGGAGGCCUCGGUGGUCAGACGCCUACCUCUGAGCGCAAGUCUGCAGCCAAAGGCCAAGGCAACAGCGUCUUACCCUCCAAACCCGAGGGCAAAAUCAAAGGUCAGGGCUUGGCCCGGGUCAGCAUCCUCGGGGAUACUGGGACGGGGCUGGAGGACGAGGCGGGCGAGGGGGAAGAGGAGGCAGUGGCAGAGGACGACCAGGUCUCUGCCGACCCGAUGGAGGAGCAGCGCUGUGGCCGCGGGGACCCCUCGCGGUACGUGUCCAAUCACGCAUUCAACCAGAGCGCGGAGCUCAAGCCGCACGUCUUCGAGCUGGGCGUCAUCGCCCUGGACGUGGCGGAGCGCGAGGCGCGGGUGCAGCUGACGCCGCUGGCGUCUCGCUGGGGCUCGGGCGCUGCGGCGGUGGGGGCAGCUGGGCGACCUGGACGGCGACCCCUGCGCCUGCUCUACCUGUGCCCGGCGGGCGGCGGCGCGGCCGUGCAGUGGUCGCGGGUGGAGGAGGGCGUCAACGCGUAUUGGUUCCGGGGCCUGCGUCCGGGCACCAACUACUCGGUGUGCCUGGCGCUGGCCGGCGAGGCCUGCCACGUGCAGGUGGUGUUCGCCACCAAGAAGGAGCUGCCCUCGCUGCUGGUCAUCGUGGCGGUGAGCGUGUUCCUGCUGGUGCUGGCCACCGUGCCCCUGCUGGGCGCCGCGUGCUGCCACCUGCUAGCCAAACACCCGGGCAAGCCCUACCGCCUCAUCCUGCGGCCGCAGGCCCCCGACCCCAUGCAGAAGCGCAUCGCCGCCGACUUCGACCCGCGGGCCUCCUACCUGGAGUCGGAGAAGAGCUACCCGGCCGGCGACGGCGACAACGGCGAGGCGGGCGCCGAGGAGCCCGAGGAGGAGGCCCCCGGGGAGGGUCUGGACGAAGACGCGGAGCCCGGGGACGCGGGCGGCCACCUGCCGCGGGAGGAGAGCCUGGCCGCCUGCUCGCUGGCCGAGUGCCAGUCCAAGGCCAACCCGGAGGAGUUCGAGGCGGGCUCCGAGUACAGUGACCGGCUGCCCCUGGGGGCCGAGGCGGUCAACAUCGCCCCAGAGAUCAACGGCAACUACCGGCAGACCGCGGGCUGAAGCGCCUCACC